AAGUGUAGAGAUAUGCUGUGGUGGGGCCCACAAGAGCGCACUUUUUUCCUCUUCUAUUUCUCUUUCUAUUACCUCGGAGCAAUGUCUGAUGAGAAUCCCUAGCUCAUCUGUUCCGUUUUUUCUUCCGUACUUCGCUUUCUGAUCACUGUUCGUUGCCCCAUCUGGGUUCUUGCUAGAUUUUUCUUUCAGAUUCGAUUCAGAUUUUCCUUCUCUUUUUUCCCUUUGUGGGUGCAAAUUGGGAUAAGAAAAAGAAGAGAUUUUUCGCUAAGAUGAAGAGAGGGAACGACGAUGAGAAGGUGGCGGGGCCAAUGUUUCCGAGGCUUCAUGUAAAUGAUGCAGAGAAAGGAGGGCCAAGAGCACCACCAAGGAACAAGAUGGCCCUCUAUGAACAACUCAGUGUUCCCUCUCAGAGGUUCAAUCCACGCCUUCUGCCUCUCAAACCAAAUUCAUCUUCUAACCUAGCUGCUCCACCAACUUCCUCAACCCAGGGAAGUGAGCAUGGAAGAAGUUAUGGUUACCCAGUUCGUUUACCUUCGCAAACACCUGCUCAUCGAGCUGAAAGUUAUAUUUCUCGCCAAUCUGAUGGAUCAAGAUCAAACACUUCAUCGGUGCAGCUAGAAAGGAGAAAGAGAGCAGAUGAUGAUGAUGUUCAUGCAUACAUUUGCUCAAGGAUUGGUCACUCUAAUGAUAAAGCGAUCAAUAGGAAAAAAUUCACUCCUUUGGGUGGUAGUAAUUUUCGCUCAGUUUCAGUGCAAAAUGAUGGUGAAAGAGAUCCAGCACAGUUUGGUUCCCUUCCUGUUGACAUGAGAAAGCAUGUGAGGAGUGGGAAUGAGACACAUCCACAUGUAAGCUCAAGUAGACAGCAACCAAAAAUGUCUGUCAAAAACAAAUCAAGUGGAGAAGUUAUUGACAGUCUAGUGAUGCAAGCCAAGGUGAUUCCAAAUCUAGAGGAUCAAGAUUGUUCUGUCCCAAGUAUAGGCAGGUUACAUCAGGAUGGUGCUUGUCUACAGCAGGAGUGUGUGGCUGGGCCUCAAUCCGGUGACGUUGAUCUCCUUAACUCUACAAGGGAUAUGGAUAAUGGAAAUGCCCUUGUACCAAAAAGCUGUUUUCAUUCUGCAGUAAACCAAACCUGUCCAGUUGAGGUUACCGAUGAUGUUGAUGUUGAAUAUCAUGAUGUUGGUACUGAAGGUCCAUUACAGAAGGGAAAUUUUGAUGAAAGUGGUGAUGUCUCGAAGAUCUCCAUGGUAACAAAUUUAUCAAGUCUGAUAGUUUCUCCUGAUGAUGUUGUAGGGGUUUUAGGUCAAAAACAUUUCUGGAAAGCAAGGCGAAAAAUUGCCAAUCAACAGAGAGUGUUUGCUGUCCAAGUGUUUGAAUUGCACAGACUGAUCAAGGUUCAACAGCUGAUUGCUUCAUCCCCAGAUGUUUUGCUUGAAGAUGGUGCUUUCUUGGGGAAAUUUCCUCUGGAGGGGUCUACUCCUAAAACCAUUUCAUUGCAAGUUGUCGUAGAUCCCAAGCAACAAACUCCUAAGCAGAAAAACAACUCUGAAAAGCAGAACCUUAAAACAGAAUGUUCUGCUGAGAAUGCUGUUGAGAAGAAAACCUCAUUUUCGUCCCCAAAAAAUGGUAGCCACAUUACAAAUCACACCCCUUUUUCAGGAAUUCCACACCAGGCAGAUGUGGCUUCCGAUAAUAGAACAAGUCCCUGGAGUUUCAAUCAGUCACCUCAACAUCAGUGGUUAAUUCCUGUCAUGUCUCCUUCCGAAGGGCUUGUCUACAAGCCAUAUCCCGGGCCUGCAUUUACCAGAACGAAUCCUGCAGGAUGUGGCGGGCCAUUCGGACAAGCUCCUCUAGGGGCUACUUUCAUGAAUCCUGCCUCUCAAUUUCCAGCUUCUCAUCAAGUAGUCGGGGUGUCACCAUUUGUUUCUCUGCCCAACCACACCCACUUCUCCCCCUACGGCAUGCCAGUAGUGAAUCAAGCAGCAUCAGGGUCAGCUGUUGAACACGUGAACCAGUUUGCCGGACAAGGUUCUCAUGGUCAAAAUGGUCAUUCAUCAGUUGAAGGAGCCAAUUUUAACACUCAACAUAACCAAAGCUCAUCCAACUUGCCAGUUCAGAGGAAUGGAGCCAUGUCACAUGUCAAGAAACUUCGCGUGUCCAAGGAGAGACGAUUACAAGGGAGCACAGCAAGCACUCCUACUGAAACACCACAGGGAAUCAGAGCAGGGAGCAUUGCUGAAGGAAGUGAUGCACGUUCUCUUUCUUUUCACUCUGCUGAAACCAGACAGCAAACACAAGUCAUCAAAGUCGUUCCACACAACGGGAAAUCCGCGACAGAAUCAGCUGCUAGAAUAUUUCAAUCCAUUCAAGAAGAGAGAAAACAGCAUGAUUUAGUGUAGUCAUGUUUAUGGUUCUGUUCUGCUUCAGAAAUGUGAAAGUCAAAAGCUAUAAAUACUAAACUCUGUUGGAAGUGAAAAUGGGACGUGUGUGUUGUCUAAAUGUGGCACAAGACGGGCUUCGAGAUGAGUUUGUACAGUGCGUCAAGUCCUGUACUUUGUUGUUGUUUUACUAUAUGUAUCUUGCAACUUUAUUAAACUUUUUUCUGUUGUUUUUGUCGUUGUUACAGCAUAUUCGUUUGUAGAUAUUGUUGUAACUAUGUGGAAUGUUAAAAAUAAUCAAAUGCAAUAUUAGUGUAUGUU